AUGGCUCCAGACCUCAACUCGCUCCCGGCUUCGCCCCUUCCGGGCAAGCCCGUCAACCUCACGCGUGGUGGUGGUGGCGCAACCAAUGGCGCGACCAAUGGCGCACCAGUCCCGGGGAAGAAGCAGCCCAACAUCCUGUACAUCAUGGCGGACCAGCUAGCGGCGCCCCUCCUCAAGAUGUACAACCCGGACUCGCAGAUCCUGACCCCCAACCUGGACGCGCUGGCGGCGCGGUCGGUGCAGUUCGACUCGGCGUACUGCCCGUCACCGCUGUGCGCGCCGUCGCGCAUGAGCAUGAUCACGGGCCUGCUGCCCAUGAAGAUCGGGGCCUUUGACAACGCGGCGCCCAUCUCGAGCGACAUCCCCACCUACGCCCACUACCUGCGCAUGCAGGGCUACCACACCGUGCUCGCCGGCAAGAUGCACUUUAUCGGCGACCAGCUGCACGGCUACGAGUCCCGCCUCACCAGCGAUAUCUACCCGGGCGACUACGGCUGGGCCGUCAACUGGGACGAGCCCGACACCCGCCUCGAGUGGUAUCAUAAUGCCAGCUCCAUCCUGCAGGCGGGCACCUGUGUGCGGAGUAACCAGUUGGACUAUGAUGAGGAGGUCAUGUACCGGUCGACGCAGUUCUUAUAUGACCACGUCCGCGAGGGGCCGGGGGCCAGGCCCUUCUGCUUGACCGUUUCCUUGACGCACCCCCACGACCCGUACACCAUUGAGGAAAAGUACUGGGACCUCUACGAGGGUGUCGACAUUGACCUGCCCAAGGUCAAGAUCCCCAAGGAGGAGCUCGACCCGCACAGCAAGCGCUUGAUGAAGGUGUGCGACCUCUGGGAUACCGAGUUCACCGAUGAGCAAAUCAAGCGGGCCAGGCGGGCGUACUAUGGCGCCGUCAGCUACGUCGACGACUGCAUCGGCAGGCUGUUGGAUGUGCUCAAGAAGUGCAAGCUAGACGAGGACACUAUCAUCGUCUUCAGCGGCGACCAUGGCGACAUGCUCGGCGAGCGCGGGCUUUGGUACAAGAUGAGCUACUUCGAGUCGUCGGUCCGCGUGCCGCUGCUCGUCUCCCACCCCAAGCAAUUUGCCCCGCGGCGCGUCACCUCCAACGUCUCCACCCUCGACAUCCUGCCCACCAUGUGCGACUUCGUCGGCACUAAGCCCGCCUCCUUCCUACCCAUGGACGGCGUAUCGCUGCUCCCGCACCUCCAGAACGCGCCCGAGGGCGGGCACGACGAGGUGUUCGCGGAGUACACGGGCGAGGGCACGGUGCGGCCGAUGAUGAUGAUCCGGCGCGGCAAGUGGAAGUACGUGACGUGCCCGGCGGACGGCGCGCAGCUGUACGACCUCGAGGCGGACCCGCUCGAGGUGGCCGACCUGGUGCGCAGCGGCGCCGUCGUCGCCGACGAGAAGACGCGCCGCGUCUUUGAAGGGUUCGAGGCCGAGGCCCGCGCCAAGUGGGAUUUUGACGCCAUCACUGCCCAGGUCUUCCACUCGCAGCGCCAGCGCCGCCUGGUCUGGUCGGCCCUGACCAAGGGCAAGUUCACGAGCUGGGACUUUGAUCCCGUGGAUGAUGGCCGGGAGAAGUACAUUCGCUCCCACAUCCCGCUUGACGACCUCGAGCGUAGAGCUCGCUUCCCGGCCGUGGACGCGUUUGGGCGGGAGACGGGCUCGGUCAUCGUUACCGACCAGGCAGGCUCGCAUGGGCAGUAG